AUGAUAUAGAAGCUUCUGUAAAGUUAGUUUUAGAGAUCCUGGGAAUUGUGCAUUUUUUAAAUUUUCAUCCAUCUCAUUUUCCUUAAUAAAUUUUGUUACAAAGUACUUGCACAAACUGAAAUCAGCCGAUCCUUUUUUAGUCCCUUUAAUACAGAUGAUAACUGGAAUACUUACUUAGCCGAAAAUGCAAACCAUAUCACUGAUUGUGUAACCUCUGACAUAUUCGGUGGAAGAUUCGUCUUUAAUUCAUAGACAGUCAUAACAAAGACCUUCAUCCUUCCUCCUCAUUAUAAGGUUAAGGUUGAGUUAAAUUUCUGGAGGUCUGUACUUUUUAAAUUUUUAUUUAGAUUAGAUCCUUGGACUUCCUCAUAUUACAUCGUAUUUAUAGAUGGAGAAAAAGCAGUCUCCAAUAAUCCCAAUUCCUCAGGAACAGAAAUUUGUGGAAGUGGAUCACUUGGUUAGACUGACUCAGUAGGUAGAUAAAUAGUCCAUAUGGGAAACUCAGCCAUAAUAAUAAUAGUUUCUAGAUAAUCAUCAGCAUACUGGGGGAUCUCAAAUUUUAAAUUGUCAGUAUUGAAAUGUCCAUAUCUUUGUGAUUAUUGUGAUUCCACUGGAAUUUGUUAGUAAUGGUAUAGAGUUUUAACUUAUUUUACAACUCUUACGUUUACAAAUGGAUAAGGAUGGAUUAAGGAUAAUGCUUAUUAUGAUAAUGUGUUAGAUUGUGGUUUUCAUUAUUAUGGAAAUUUCCUAACAACACAAUUAGCCACCAUAGGUUUAAUUUUAGAUGAUCCUCAUACUAGAAUAAAAGUUUCAUUCUUAUUUCUAUGUGUAGAGAUCACUGAUUCAGUAACCAUAGAAGUUAAUGGCGAUACACAAAUGUAUUAUUCUACUCCAACUUUAAAUACUGUAGCAGAUUUUAACUAUCUGUGUGGAUCUAAUCUCAAAAUGACCAGGAUUGAAACUUUCGGAUCUAGUAGCAAUUCCCAAACCAUAACAAUUACUAUUGGAGUUCCAAUUAUUGUGACCACAUCUGCGAACACACCAUCUUUUGGUAUUAGAGACUUUGAAGUUUUUACAUAUUAAGAGAAUAAAAUAACAGAUUAGAAAGUAAUCCAUAAAAAUGAUUACAUCCUUGCCUUUGAAGGGAUUUUUUCUUAAUAGUACAAUUGUGUAGUAGGGUGUAGUAAUUGUAUCAGAGAUUUGUGUAUAGAAUGUUAUUCAGGCUGGAAUUUUGAUACAUAUACUUAAGAAUGCAUACCAAUCUGUGGAGAUCAAUUGAUAUUAUAUGAAGAAGAGUGCGAUGAUGGAAACUUGUAACCUAAUGAUGGAUGUUACUAGUGUAAAUUCUCUUGUCCAUCAAAUUGUGCUUUAUGCGAAUUUGGCUAAUGCAAGUUCUGCAACAAUAAUUACCAAUUGAUAGGGAAUUUAUGCCAUUUCUCUCGCAAAUAUGAGGAUAAAGAUAGUUAAAUUAAAUAUGAUAUAUAAUCCAAAGAAGGCCAUUAUUGUCAAAUUUCGAAUUUCUUGAUAAAUUAAUACAUGCUCAAGAUCUUAAAUGCUAGAUCUAGAAUUAUGAGCGUUGUUGCUUAUUAAUAUAAUUAAUGCGAUUAUAGAAAGCCAUAAAAUUGUAAAAUUUCAGUUUUUAAUGAAUGUCAACUUUGUGAGAAUCUAUUUGAUAAAACCUUCAAUGGUUAAUGCAUUCCUAUUUGUAGCCAUGGCAUUUACUAUGUAGAAGAACUUCUUUAUAAUUCUAUCGAGUUUUAGUUUGACAAUUCUUAUUAAUGUAAUUUGUGUUAAUUAGAAUGCUUGGAAUGUCACAAUUCUUUUUGCUUUUCAUGUUUAAAAGGAUGGAAUCUGGUAGAUUAUAAAUGUGAAUUUGAAUGUGGAGAUGGCAAACUAGCCUUGAUUUCUAAUGAAUAAUGUGAUGAUUAAAAUUAGGAUAGUGGAGAUGGAUGUUAUGAGUGUAAAUUUGAAUGUGAAUAAAAUUGUAUAUUUUGUAAUGUUCAUCUUGAAUGUGCAAUUUGUAAUGAGUAUUUUGAGAUUAAGGGUAAAAAUUGUAUUCCUAUUUGUGGAGAUGGAAUUGUUGUGGAAGGAUUAGAAAUUUGCGAUGAUGGUAAUGAUAUCAAAUAUGAUGGAUGCCAUAAUUGCUAGUAUUCUUGUAAGGAGAACUGUCAAAUUUGUGAUCAUUAGAAUUGUUUAGAUAUAUGUGAUUAAGGGUAUUAUUAUCUUGAGAAUUAAUGCAAAUCGAUUUGUGGAGAUUCAAUUGUUGCUUUUAAUGAAUAAUGUGAUGAUGGUAAUAAUGAUCCUUUAGAUGGCUGUGAUUUAUGCGUGCAUUCGUGUCCUUUAAAUUGUGAUAAUUGUUAGCAAGGACUUUGUGAAGAUUGCAAUAUAGGUUUUAUAAUGAAUGGUAACAAUUGCCAAGAUACUUGUGGAAAUGGGAUUAAAUCUGAUGAAGAAGAAUGUGAUGAUGGUAAUCACUUAUCCUUAGAUGGUUGUUCAGAUAUUUGUGAUAUUGAAAUGUAUUGGACAUGUUUUGAAGAUGAUCUCAGAAAGAGCUCUUGUCUUUAAAUUAUACCUCCUCAUUUUAAAUUAGUAUUCUUAAAUUAAACAUAUAAUGUCUAAUAUGUCUAAUUAUAAUUUACUAAUAAAAUUAAACUACUAGAUUCAACAUAAAAUUUAACUCAAAACUUUAAAGCCCAGCUUAUUGAUAUCAAUCCUUCCCAUUAUAUUAUUAGAGAUGUACUAAUUAAUGAACCUGAUAAUUAUAGUGUCCAUGAGGUCAUUUAUUAAUUGCGAAUUGAAAUAUUAGAAUAAUAAACAUAAGACAUUUUUCUACAAGUUCAAUUAAACACUGUGCUGGUUGAUCAAAAUGAUUUUAAAGUUGAUAAUGAUAUUUGUAAGAUUCGUCUCAAAAAUCCUGUUGUAUUAACUGCUGCUUAAAAGGAGAUCUCCAGCACGCUCCCA